AAUAUCAUGGUUUUCUAUCACGUACACGGGAACCUGAGGGUGGAAAAGCCAGGACAGGUGGUCGAGGGCGGCCUGCUGUCAAGUAAAUCCGGGGUUUUUUUAGCAGUCGUUCCCGCUUGACGGGAACACGACACGGCACCUGUGAGCAAACAGAAGGGUAUCCCUGUGGGUUUCGUACCCGGAGCCAUUCCCACAUCGCCUAGGUCUCCACUUACCAGCGGUAUCCUGCGCUCACCAUCGUCACAGGUCAUGCAUACCAAACUAAUUUGAGGGAACAUUCACCAUUUUCUAGCUACCCGCACCGGAUGGUAACAUAAACUACUCAUGAAUGACGAAUUAAUAAAUACGUUCUGGAAACUAUCUGGACUAUUAAAUUCGGAAUACAUAUAUCCAUUGUUGUACGUGUGGGAGUGUACGUCUAUUCAGGGAGGUGGAUGGUCUGAGCUAGCCUAUACCCGCGAACCUGAACUCAUUGACCGCUGCUGUACGUGGAGUUUCUCCAACAUCGUAGAGGGUAACAAAUAUUUGACAUCAUUAACCUGACUUUUUAUAAAACAUGGCUCUACGAAAAGCUGUGAGGACUGUAUCCGUGAUUCUCUUCGCCAUCGUGAUCAAAUGCCAGACCUCGUCGACGAGAGCUGGCGACGAUGACGACGGUAAUUCAUCUAAAGAGUACAGCGAACCCUUAACCAGAUCUUCGUCGGCAUCAAGAGCCCUGUUUAGUACGGUAGCUACCAUGAAGCCGCCCUUGCGCAGAGCACCGAGAGGGCUAAACAGCAACAGAAAUGACGUCUAUAUAAGCGAAAGGGUUUGUGGAGAUGACGGGGUUUUCUAUGACAAUAUAACAGAAUUGAACAAAGCUGGCGCUAAGCUUCUGUUGGAAAUAUUUUGUGAAUCUGGUUGUCUAUUAGCUCAAGAAAAUCCAUGCUCGAGCUCGGUACCAGUUUGCACGGGUCUUCCUGAAAACCGCAGAGUCUACGAGAACGAGUGCGAGCUCCGAAGGAUUAACUGUGAAAGACUUGAAGACGGUCUCCCGCUAAUAGAACAAGUUGUUCCAACAUUCUGUGAACUAGAAAGUUGUGGACAGCCCACACCCAGCCCAUGUCCUACUAAGGUACCUGUGUGCGCGGGGCAUGGAGAAAACUACACGAUCUAUGAUGAUAUGUGCCAUGUCGACCAAACAAGAUGUAACCGAAAGGGAAACGAUCUCAGACCAAUAAUUAGUGAAAAAAUUGGCCGUUGUCAAAUAGAAGUAAAUGAAAGCCAACUGACCUGUCACGAUAUUCUCCGGGGCAAGUGCCCAAGAGGAACCGUCGGGAAACAGGUUUGUGACAUCACAAACACCACGACAGAGGUCGUGGCAAAAACCUUUCGGAAUAUUUGCAGAGCGUUACACAAGCGAUGCAAGAAGAUGGACGACACGUGCUAUUCGAUCGAAGGCCACUGUAAAUCUCACGUCGAUAAAUACAACGUCACGAAUUACCCUCCGAGGCAAGAUUGCGCAAGGUACAUCCGACAUAGCUUCCCAAUGGUGGAUGUCGGUAGACCCUGUUACCACAUGCCUGCGGCGGCGGCAGCAGCAGCAGCAAGUAAACGGUACUGCAGGUGUGAUCCUGGAGCUCUCUACAGUGCACCGACAAUGCCAGAAUACCCAGCAGCAAUGGAACCGUCUUGGCUAUCCUAACUCAAACUCUUCAAUAAAUCAUUGUGGACCUAUAUACCCCCACCUUUGAUGGUAGGUCCAUGAUAAAACCGAUUGUGAUAUCAAUAUUGAUAGAGGGUAUGUAUUUACCUGUGCAGGUAGACAAGGAAGAGCUUACUGACUCGCUACUCUUCAAGUAGACCCUACUUGAUCAUGAUGAUGAAGGCCUUCUCAGUUCUGAGGCCGAGUGCCUGGCUUGAUGGCAGGACAUUCUAUUUUAAUAGUCUGUAUGACGCUUUGACCAACUCUUGAGAAGACGUUGGCCAUUAAGACAGUUAUAAGUAACGCUUGCUCAUCAUGAUAGUAACCUGAAAAGAGGCGGUGAAAUAAGUAUGUUUUUGGUUUGCCCGACAUGCCAUCCGAGAGAUGCAACAAUGAGUCGUAUCAGAGGGUCUAAGAGGUAUUAUAUUGGCCUAUAUAGGCCUUACUCGUGAGCAUUAAGUGCGGCAUGCACUAUUGUGUCGAUAGUGUUCAAGUCUAAAUUUCAAAGUUAUACGGUUCCUCGACCCGUCUUACCAACAGGAGAGGUUAAGUUUUCAGCACAUCUGGUGCUCAAUUUAUUCAUCCACUAUACUUUCUCGGAAUAAAUACUAAAGUAAAUUCACCAUUAAAGCACGGGUGAAGAAACAGAAUAAACAUGAAAAGCAGACAAAGUGAACAAAGUUUUGACAUUUUCGGCUGCCCAUAAGUUUAGUUCGAGGAAGACCAUGCCCGAGGUUAUACUGAACUUUUAGAAUACGGGCCAAAGUGUCAAAUUAUUUAGAUCUCCAUUUUCUCUAUGCAUUAAAGGCAAUGAAACAUUUUAAUGUGCCUGCGGUAUGUAGUAAGUCUGAUCAUAUUUAAUUAGUCAAUUAACUAUUGUAUACUUAUCAUUUCCACAUACUUUUAAUACUAGUUUGAAUUGCAAAAUUCCUGUUUAACAGAAUAUCUACUAAGCUGUUUCUUUGGGUGCUGGAUGAAAAAAUGUUGACAUCCGGGGUUGACAUGUAAAAUUUGAGUGUUUAGAAUUAGAAUAGGCCUUCGGGUCUAACUCCGUCGGUAUAUUAGAGCAAGCAGCGAUUGCCUACAUCAUUAAGGGAAUUUUCCUUCAGCCUUGAAUUAUGAGUCUGUUUCUAUUCGAUUCAACAAACACAAUGUAUUCAUUGAUUAUGUUAUGAGAUAAAAUUGGGCUAUUACGAACUAUGCAGCAAUGUGUCCAUGGUGACGGGUCCUAUUGCCAAAAGUGUCUAUUUUAACCAAUGUAAAUGUGUAAUCAAAUAUGAAUCGAUGUCAAUGCAGAAAACCUCACUCAAAAUCGUAAUUUGCUCGUGCAAAUGAAAGUUGGUAGCACCAUUUUCCAUUGCUCUAACUCAGUCAUGCGUGCAUUUUGAACGUUGAGAUUGGGCUCAAAAUUGAAAGAGGAGAAACACAUCUUUCAUUCAUUUAUAUUUCACGAAGCACAUUUAUGAUCGUGAUAGAUAAAAAGUACACUGAAUCACGGUUUCCUUUUUCCUAGGACGCACUGAAUCUGAUUGCUCGGAAUGGGAUACCAGAAAUAAUACUUAGAAUGUGGUAUCCCAUGGGGAAAAGGCAUCCGAUGUGACUACCAUUACCGUUAAUAUGUUCAUUAUUCAUUAGACUGUGCAAUACAACACGAUCAUGACGAUAAUGCACAUCAAGUUUUAUCCUAUAGUCUAUAAUAUGGUAAUUAGAUUUCGGCGCAUCGUGCAAUAUAUUUUGAUAUUGCACAGGCAAACCAUUCAACUAAUACUGUUUCAUCACUUCUUGAUCAGUGUGCCGAACGGCCUCUUUUGAUAUUGAUAUUUCUGACACAAUAAAAAUGUUCUGAUGGGUAUUGAAAUUUAGCAACAUGAAUUUACAGUAUAUUUUCCAUAGUUAGUAAAAGUCUGCUUACUGUCAGUUUGGGUUAGAAUCAGAGUAUUUCAUCAGGAGCAUUCCUACAUAAUUAGAAUCGUAAUGCAUGUGAGAUUCCUGAAUUAAAACAAUAACCAAACGAGUAACACGUGAUAAUAUUUGUUGAUUGUUCAAUUGCUAUGGUGGGCACGUAAAUGGGAGUGACUGAAGUUCUUAACGAUGUAGUAAGGAAAAUGGUACGCCGCCCGCUGGAUAAUAUUUACUUUAUUGUUUCCAUGAUGAUGCAGAUUUCGAAGGAAGGAAUUAGAAAGAAAUGAUGUAUUUUUGCAAGAAAAAUUUGUACGAAUUUUGCAUGACUGACAUAUUUGUUCAUGUAGGCCUAUCCUGUAGCUAUCAUCAUGACUAUGAUAAUUCUAGUUAUGACUUUGCUCUACAAUUUCCUAUUCCGUUCAAAUUGGUUCGCCCAAGUACAACAGCGUCACAGAAUGGGAAGGAGUGGGGGCGACCUCCCCGUGAUUGGAAUAGAUGGAAAAUGUGAGGAAUCCGUUUUGGGCCGUGCAACUAUACCAUCAUUUCUAUUUAAAAUACAGUGACCCAAAGACGUCACCUUCGUUCGAUUGUCUUUCUAUCGAAAUACCAGCAAGUUGUUUGUGUUUAUUACAAAUUAAGCACGUUGCGGGAUACAAAAUAGGUAAAAUUUACCAAGAAAUUGUACAGAAUGGUUAAGUGUGACAUUACAAACAUCCUCCGGAAAUGUGAACGUUUUGUAACGUGUUUUGACCGUAUAAAACGGCAUUUACUGAAUUGCCCUAAUAGCAUCAUGACCCGGAACGAGAUGUAGAUGCGGCCCUGUCACACCUCUUCAGAAACAUAUAUGGGAUCAACCAGAAUCGGAAUGAAGAUUAAAAAAAUCGCGAGACAUUCGAGAUGGAUUUCAAAAGCUCCCAGGAUGCAGUAUGAGCACUUGAAAACCCGAAUGAUUUACAUUCCUAAUAUUGCCUUCUCCAUGCAUACUGGGGUUUCAGUGAUAUAACAUCUUAGUAUGACAUCAUCAUCAAAAUUCAUCAAUGGUUGUGGUAUACCGAUUUGUCCAUAAUUAUUAUGACGCAAUCGUACCCAGCAGAGAACUGCGUACGCACAUUGACCGAUACUGAAAAAGCACAAUGAAUCGCCUUAAGUUUAUCUGAGUCUGUUUCAUUGGGAAAUUGGGGUGGUAUUAAAAGUGUCUCAAACCUCGGAUUGAAAUUGUUCGAAAUUUGGCAAAUUGUAUCCAUACUCAAACCUCCUUCUCACGCUAUGAUGCCGGGUUUUUUAUUUUUUAAUUAGUAUUUUUAUCAAUGGUACAUUAUUUCUAUGACCUCAUCCAUCAUUAUUGCCAAAAUCUGAUAAUGCUAUUACUGAGCAUCCGUUCUCCGUUUUGGCUGUAACCGCUGUGAUGAUUUACCAAGAAUUUGGCUUUUUUAAUAUUCUUGUUGAUAACAUUGCCUGUUGUGUUUGAUUUAUAGAUGAAUUUCGUGUCGUUGUGUAUAGUGUCUUUUAAAUGAUGUAGAUUAUCUGAUUAUAGCCACACUUUCUUUUGACAACGCCCUAUAAUAAAGGCCGCUUUAACCGUAUUUAAACUAGUAUACAAUUCUA